CCCAGUAUGAAAUAGAAAUAAAUGUUUUGUUUUUGUGUUGGGGAGGAUAUUAUUUUUCUGCCCAUUUUUAAUGUGAUAAAAGAGACCAAGGGUACAUCCAGUUUUGGUAAACGGCACAACAAGACCCACACAUUCUGCCGGCGAUGUGGGCGCCGUAGCUACCACAUUCAGAAGAAGCGGUGUGCAAGCUGUGGCUAUCCUGCCAAAAAGAUCCGCAGUUAUAAUUGGAGCAUGAAGGCAAAGAGAAGAAAGACCACUGGCACCGGCCGCAUGCGCUACUUGAAGAUUGUUCACAGGAGGUUCAAGAAUGGUUUCCGUGAGGGGACCAAGCCUAAACCCAAGCAGCGUGGGGGUGCCGCAGCAAAGUCUUAGACCGGUAACCAGGACUCCAUCAUCGUAACAACAAACGCAUCUGAUCAGCGGCGCUCCGUCAGGAGCAGCCAGUCCUUGAACUUACUGGUCCAUCAUUACUCACAACCCAGCUUGAUGGCUCUCGUGCUCUCAAGGGUUAAUCCAAGAAUGAAAUCUUUAUGACUUCAACAUUUGUAAAGUUCUGUUUGUUGCCGUCAUCUGCAUUGAAUUGGGUCAAAUCCAAUUAUUACGGCAGGAGAUAGCUAAUAAAUCGGUUGGUGAUGUAAAAAUA